GUUUCCGGUGUUUUUGUGCGGCCCCAGGCCGGGCGGGCGGGCAGAGAGGCGAGAGUCCGUGAACAUGGCGGUCAGCGUUCGCGGCCGCUCCGUUAGGAGCCUCCGCAUCAGAGGGCGGAAUGACAGCGGGGAGGAGAACGUGCCGCUCGAUUUGUCCCGAGACCCUUCAGACAACCUUCGUGAGAUCCUCCAGAAUGUGGCUAAGCCUCAGGGAGUCUCUAACAUGCGAAAGCUUGGUCACCUGAAUAACCUUAUUAAGUUACUCUGUAAUGUUGGCCACUGUGAAGAGAAACUAGGAUUUACUUAUGAAGAAAUUAUAAUAUGUUUGCGAUUAGCAUUGUUAAAUGAAGCUAAAGAGGUGCGUGCAGCUGGUCUCCGUGCCCUUCGCUAUCUCAUCCAAGACUCCAGUAUUCUUCAGAAGGUGUUGAGACUGCGUGUGGAUUACUUAAUAGCUAGAUGUAUAGACAUACAACAGAGUAAUGAAGUGGAGCGAACCCAAGCACUUCGAUUAGUUCGAAAGAUGAUCACUGUGAAUGCUGCUCUGUUCCCCAGCUCAAUCACCAAUUCUCUGAUUGCAGUUGGAAAUGACGGACUCCAAGAGCGUGAUCGAAUGGUCCGAGCAUGUCUUGCCAUCCUCUGUGAGCUAGCACUUCAGAAUGCAGAGGUGGUUGCCCUCCGAGGAGGUCUCAGCACCAUUCUGAAGAAUGUGAUUGAUUGCCAACUGAAUCGCAUAAAUGAAGCACUCAUUACAACCAUUCUACACCUGCUAAAUCACCCAAAGACACGGAAAUAUGUAAGAGCCGAUGUGGAGCUGGAGCAAAUUUUAGCACCAUAUACUGAUUUUCACUACAGACAUAAUCCAGACACUGCAGAAGGGCAGCUCAAAGAGGAUAGAGAAGCACGGUUAUUAGCCAGCAAAAUGGCAAUAGUAGCAGCCUUCCGAUCCUGGGCAGGAAUUAUAAAUCUCUGCCGGCCUGGAAAUUCGGGUAUCCAGUCUUUAAUAGGAAUACUUUGUAUACCAAAUAUGGAAGUACGGCGUGGUCUGCUAGAGGUGCUGUACGAUAUCUUCCGUCUCCCUAUCCCUGUGACAACGCAGGACUUUUCUGAAGCUCUAUUCAGUGUAGAUCCCAGCAGGUUCCAGGACUCCUGGCGUCUUUCAGAUGGAUUUGUAGCAGCUGAAGCUAAAACCAUUCUCCCACAUCGAGCCCGGUCCAGGCCUGAUUUGAUGGAUAACUAUUUGGCACUUGUGCUAUCUGCAUUCAUCAACAAUGGACUCCUGGAGAGUCUAGUUGAUGUGCUAACAAGCAGCAAUGAUAAUGUAUCUGUGCGGGCCACCAUCCUGCUAGGCGAGCUCUUGCACAUGGCAAAUACUAUCCUGCCGUACACCUACAGCCACCACUUGCAUUGUUUACCAACCCUCAUGAACAUGGCAGCUUCCUUUGAUAUCGCUCAGGAAAAGCGGUUGCGAGCCAGUGCAGCUGUGAACUGUCUGAAGCGUUUUCAUGAAAUGAAGAAGCGAGGUGCAAAACCUUACAGCCUGUACUUGGAUCACAUCACACACAAAAAUGGCUCCACUAAUCAAAAGCGGGAUCACCACUUCCGUGUUCAGAAAGACAUCUUUAUAUUAAAGGACACAGAGGAGGCAAUGAUGCAGAAUCUGCGAGAUAGCGAUGUCCUAAAUAACAAGGACAACUUAAGGUGGAACUGGAACUUAAUCUCCACCAUUCUUAAGUGGCCAAAUGUAAACCUGCGAAACUACAAAGAUGAACAGUUACACAGGUUUGUGCGUCGAUUGCUGUAUUUUUACAAGCCCAGUGGUAAGCUGUAUGCAAACAUGGAGCUGGAUCAUGCAAUGGGAAAGCAGCUGACUGUGGUGGGCUGCCAGUUCACUGAGUUUCUUCUUGAAUCUAAUGAGGAUGGUCAGAUGUACUUGGAGGAGCUGGUCAAAGAUAUAGUGCAGUGGCUGACCCCAUCAACCGGUCUGAAACAUGAACGCAGCCUGCAGAACAAUGGUUUACUCAACACCCUCAGCCAGCACUACUUUCUGAUUAUUGGUACCCUAUCCUCUCAUCCGCAAGGAGUUAAGGUUUUGGAGAAAUGCAACAUGUUCCAGUGUUUACUCAACCUCUGUUCUCUGAAGAACUAUGACCACGUGUUAAAGCUAACUGUCUCCACGUUAGACUAUAGCCGUGAUGGAUUAUCCAGGGUGAUCUUGUCCAAAAUCCUUACGUCAGGUACCGAUAACUGCAGACUGUAUGCAACAAAACAUUUGCGGGUUUUACUACGGGCCAAUGUGGAGUUCUUCAGCAAUUGGGGCAUAGAAUUACUCGUGACACAGCUGCAUGAUAAAAAUAAAGCCAUCUCUUCAGAAGCACUCGAUAUCCUGGAUGAAGCUUGUGAGGACAAGGCUAAUCUGCAUGCACUGAUCCAGAUGAAACCAGCGUUAGCCCACCUUGGAGACAAAGGCUUGCUGCUGCUACUUCGCUUUUUGUCCAUUCCAAAGGGGUUCUCCUACCUGCAUGAAAGAGGUUAUGUUACCAAACAGUUGGAGAAAUGGCAAAAGGAAUACAACUUGAAAUAUGUAGAUCUAAUUGAAGAACAAUUGAACGAGGCACUCACUACAUACCGCAAGCCAGCUGAUGGCGAAAACUAUGUUCGACGCAGUAACCAAAGUUCUGUGGAACCAUAUUUCUAUGGACUGAAUGAUGCACUUCAUUCUCCACUCUCAUCCCAGAUUGAAGUCCGUUUGGAAUUCGUGCACAGAAAAGCCAGUUGCGACUCAGCCAUUUUACGCUUGGGUAACAUUGGCUCGUCAAACUGGGGAUUGAACUUGCUUCAGGAGGAGAACGUGAUCCCGGAUAUUGUAGCCCUGGCCCAUGCUUGUGAAAUUCUCUCCGUUAGAGGGACCUGUCUGUACGCACUGGGUCUCUUGGCAAAAACAAAGCAGGGAUGUGAUAUCCUGAAAAACCAUGGUUGGGAUUCAGUCAGGCACAGUCGCUUGCAGCCCUGGCCUGUGGCCCCUGAUGACAUGGAGCAACUAUACAGUGAGCUGUCCUCAGUCCCCAGUACACUGAGUCUCAAUUCUGAAUCUACUAGUUCCAGGCAUAAUAGCGAGAGUGAGUCAGUGCCUCAGAGCAUGUUUAUUAUGGAAGAUGAUCGCUAUGGCAGCAGCACAACCAGCACUUUUUUCCUAGAUAUCACUGAGGAGGGUGAUCAGUUUUUGGAGAAGCCCAAAUCAGCUAAAGAGAAGGAACGAAGCCCCUUGAGCAUCCUCAGCUCUUCUAGAUUUGUCCCUCGGCGCUUCUUCAAUAAUCUGACUUCACUACCUAGCAAGAAACUGCGCAGUAGCAGCGAUUCCAAAUCUAGCAAGACAGCAGCAGAUACGAAGCAGGUUCAGCGGCGCAUUCGUGCUGUCACUGAACCAGCCAACAGCACUGAGUAUUUGCACACUGAGGUGUUUACCAGCAUCUUCAAUGGUAACCGAUUGCACAAGAGCCAUACAUUGAGUUUGGAGACCUCCUUUGUUGGGAGUAGGGAUCAUAGCAAUAGAGGAAGCUCACAGAGCAUCUCUGAGUCUGAACUAAAGCGUCCAAAGACUAUGUUGCGGGAUAAUCACCAAGAACAGAUCAUAAAGGAUCGGUCUAUGGGUGACAGCACGACUGGCACACAGUUCAAAAGCCGCAGCCAGAGCUUUAACACUGAUACAACAACAAGUGGCAUUAGCUCUAUGAGUUCUGUCAGUUCAAGUCCAUCUGGUGAAACAGUCCGCCUGGACCCUGCCAAUGCUGACACAGACUGUGGCAGCCUGAAUACAAUCGUCAGUGCACGGACAGUGAAAACCAAUGUCUCCCUCACACCCCAGUCCAAUCACCUACCUCUGUCCAAGUCAAACUCUGUGUCACUCGUCCCUCUGGGGUCGUCUCACACACUCCCCCGAAGGGCGCAGUCGCUGAAAGCACCUUCAGUCACUACCAUAAAAAGCCUGACCGACUACAACUUUAGUUAUACAAGCCCACGUGAUGCAUUUGGGUAUGCCACAUUGAAACGACUACAGCAGCAGAGGAUGCAUUCAUCACUGUCGCACUCUGAAGCUCUGGCAUCUCCAGCAAAAGAUGUGCUGUUUACAGACACAAUUACCAUGAAGACUGGCAGCCUGGAUUCACGGUUGACGCCAAGAAGAUUCAUCAAAGCCUUGAGCUUCGCCUCGCUGGACAAAGAGGAUUUAUUAAGCCCAAUAAAUCAUACAACACUUCAGCGUUCUUCCUCUGUACGUUCCAUGGUCUCCAAUGCCACUUGUGGCAGCACAGACGACUACAUAGGCCUGGCGUUGCCCAGCGACAUUAAUGAGCUGUUCCAGGUGAAAGAGAUUCCAUACUUUCAGCAGAAGUAUAUCCUGCCUAAAGAGGAUCAUUCCCUCCAAGACCAGGAGUCUGAUAAUGAAGGUGAGGGCAGAUACCUAGGCCAUCCCAAUCAUCUUUCCAGUGGAAACUGUGGGAGGAUUAAGGACUUCGAUAGUACCCAUGGAGGGAAACCUGUCAUCGAAGACACGCCUGCCUGCCGAGUGCUGCUAAGGAAAGAAGUCUUACGAUUGGUCAUUAACCUGAGCAGCUCAGUGGGCACAAAAGGUCAUGAAACUGGGCUCUUGACGAUAAAGGAAAAGUUUCCUCAUGCUUUCGAUGACAUUUGUCUAUACUCUGAGGUUUCCCACUUACUGGCAAACUGCACCUUCCGUCUGCCUUCCCGCAGGUUUAUCCAAGAACUCUUCCAGGAUGUUCAGUUCCAACCCCUGUAUGAGGAAGCGGACACUACUCUAUCACCGAAGCAGCUUGAAGCUGAGCCAACCCCAGCAUCCUGACCAAAUUUGUGCUGACGUAUUGCCACAUCACCAAACCUACAAACUACUUCACCCAGAAUUCAACAGUACCAACAUCUGACUGUCGCUGUGACCAGCAGGGCAGGGCAGGAGUGUCGAAUCAGCACUCAAAUCCUGUCCCUUGCAUGUUCUUAUUUAUUUCCCUUCCCUCUGUCUUGGAUGUGAAGGUAUCCUUAACACUACAGGAGGAGUGAUGCAGACUGGGAGACAGUAAGUGAGACCUGAGUGGUUGGAUCUCUCCCUGUUCCAUGGCUGUUGGCACAGAUGCACAUGCUCAUCUCUAACUAUCGCAAGUCUCCAUCCACCAGCAUUGCCUUAGUUUCUUUCAGUCAUUGGGCCAGAUGAGCUCAAUCCCACCUACCACCCCUGCACUCAGUAGACAGGGGUGUCAAUUUUAUAUGUUUAAAUGUAGUCAGCUUGUAAGAAAGACCACUUUAUAAUCUACUUAAAUUGCAUUGACUGUAUGAGUUCAGGCGGAUUGGAAUCAGACCCCUGUGCCGUUGACAUGCAGUCCUGGAAAACCUUAACUCAUGGCAGAAAAAAUGUUCCAUGGUAUGGUGCUGUGGGGUCCCGCACGCAAGCAGAUUUGCCUUUUAACGGUAAAUCACGCUUGCAGCAACUAAUUACAGGGCUGCCUUUGUAUUGUGGGUGUAUUGGAAAUGCAGUUUAAUGCACCCAGGAACAAUUCUCCAUAUCCACUGGUCCAUUAGAGAGUAGGAAACAGCAGUUCUGUAUGGGAACUCCUAGAUCCUAGGCUGCUCUCCGUUGCUCCUGGACACCAAAGUAAAUGCAAAAUUCUCCCAUCUGCUUCUGGGUCUCAGGGUAUAUAGGAACCUGCCUAUCUGGACAUGGGUAUGUGGGCAAUGCUCCUUAUCGGACCCAAUUGAUAUGGAUCAUUAAGGGCUAAAUCCUGUCAUCUUAACAUGUUGGCUGAAAUGGCAUAAAGUUUCCAUUGCAUACCGCCCCUAAGAAAGAUUGCACCAGAACUUUCAGAAACACCAUUUCAGGAGAGGUAAAGUCUGAUUGUCAUUUGUCUAAGGGUCCUUAAAAACCAUGUGAGAGUAGGCUUUCAUACAGUGGGGUCCACCCUCCAUUUACCGUACCAGACUGCAAACUUUGGUCUUUCAGCACUCAUCUGAGUUGCUUUGUAUGAGCAGAAGCCCUUGAAAUUCCAUGAGCUAAGUGUAUAUCUUGAGUUUUAAGGUGCUUUGUGUGGAGUUGGUGUUAACAAGUAGCAAUGAAAAUUCUAACACUACAGUACAGGGCCCUGUGAGCCCUGCUUUUACUGCAAAAUGUCAGGUGUGAUGGUAUGAGAAGAACACGAUGAAGCACUGGGCUUUCCAUUGAACUUGUUUGUUGUUAAUCUCAAACAGCAAUGGUCUCCUGGCUUCAGGAGGGAGGGUCUCAACCAAAUAGUUUUGUCUCAUCAUUCUGACUUUGACGUGACACGCAUAUGCACACAAUUUCUCACCCUUUCACUGGUCGCGAGUUACACUAAGAUACGAAAUGUUCAAGGAUGUUUUUGUACAUGUAACCAUAAACACCAAUGAUGAGAUGUCUGAGACAGGAAGGAAAUGGCUAGUGACUGGUUUCCCCUCAUCCUAUCCUGUACUACUUCAAUGAAUGUUGCUUCCUAUGGCUUAUGGAGAGAAUGGGAGUGUCUGCUUUUAGAUACCUGUCAGAGAACCGCUUAGUGGCUGGAGCAGUGUUGCCUGUGCUCGCCAUCAUAACUGUAGUUCUUUGUCUUGGAUCAUUUAUUCAGACUUGAUGAGAGGCAUUGUAUGACCCAGGAUUGAGGAUUAGAUAUAAAUUCUGGAUUGCGGUUAGAAUCGCUGACUGCUGGUGAAUGCAAUAGAUUCCCUACAUUCAGUCCUUAGUGGCUGGACAGGAAACAGGUGAAUGUUUUCAUUUCCAGAGCAAUUGUUGAAUUCUAGUAAAGUGGAAGGUGAAAAUAUAGGGAUGGGUCCAGAAUAAGGUGCUAUUACAAUACACAUCCAUCUCUCCAGGAACUGACAACUAAGGAGAAAGGAAUAUGACGUAUGCAAUAUUAUAAACACAAAGGAUGGCUUUGCUGUGGCCUCAGCACCUCACAAGUAUUCUGUCUUCCAACUGGUUAUUCCAACUAUGCCUCUGCCUCUAACACCAUGUGUGAAUCACAAUUGCCUGACCAAUUCUUACCCACCAAUCACACUGCAGUAUCUGUUUUUUUCUCUAUAUCUCCCCUGCCCCCACAUUGCACUGGUAAGAACACUAACUUCAUAUUGAUCAGUUAAAUGAGUCAGCAACAGUGACCAUAUCCUGAAUAACUGAUUUUCAGAGUUCUUAUAGGUCAAUAAUUAACUAUUUCAUGACCAUGUGUUAUUUUGGACCCCCAUGUAUUCCGAAGUUGAUUGGUAAAUGCUGAUUGUCAGGAUUAUGCAGAUGUCUCAAGAACCCUGUGUCGUCAUUCCCGUGGUCUGUGUACGUAGCUGUCUUUCCUGCUCAGUCUUGGUGGCUCUUGUGGUUUGUCUGUCUUGUGGUCAAUUGGUUAUUAUGUUUAACUUUGAUCUCUUCCACGUACGUGCCCAAAAACCACCUCAUAAGAGUUUGAAGAAUGAGGAGGUUGAAGCGAAUCGAUGGCCUUUGGUUGCGAGAGAUUUCUUGAUCGAGCUAUCAAUGUUUUGCUAUUUUACAUAUCUGUUUAAGAAGGGAGAGAAGACUGACACCUGUGAGAGGGAGAGAGCAUAGAAUAUGGACAUUGCAGCCAUCAUUGUGGAUGUGUUUGAUUUUAUUUCUGUGAUAAGCUGCUACAUUAUUGGGAUGUUCUAGUGUUCAUAGGUCACUGAACAUGAAACCUGAUUUAUAUUAUAUACCUGUAACAUAGUCUUGAUUAAAAAUGAGAAGAAAUUAUUUAUAUAUUUUCCAUAAAAGAAUAUUUCAUGGAGCUGUGUAUAAUUUAAAUAACGUAAAGCAGAGAAGAGCACCUGUCAAGAGUAAUGUUUUUGUGUUGCCACCUUGUGGUUUCUUUGUAUAGUGUGUACAGUCUUGUUUUGGGCAUUUACCCUUCUGAACAUAAAAUUUAUCAAAGGGAUGCAUUGUUAAUUAACAAUAAAAGCAAACGUAUCCAGA